AUGGCCAUUCUUUUAUCCACACUUCCAAAACUUGGCACUGCCAAUACCAAAUCCUUCAUCUCUUUCACCUCAAAACCCAUAAUUUGCAGGAACAACAACCCCACUUCCAAACGCCACCUUAUCCUCCAAACUUCCUUACUCUGCAUUGGUAUUUCCCUAACUCCUCAACUCCCACCCGCUCUAUCUUCACCAAAUUCCAUUCUCUCUAGCAUUGAAAAUACCAGUUCUUGGUUCCGUUUCUAUGGCGAUGGCUUUGCUAUUCGAGUUCCACCAGAGUUUCAAGAUGACAUGGAACCGGAGGACUUUAGCGCUGGAAUGUCUCUUUAUGGGGACAGGGCAAAGGAGAAGGAAGUUGUAGCACGUUUUCUAUCUUCAGAUGGAUCUGCGGUUCUGAAUGUUAUUACACGGCUGGCCAGUCAACUUAAAAUCACCUUUUUAGAGGCUCAGGAUAUAUCUGGUUUAGGCUCCUUGAAGGAAGCAGCAAAAUUAUUUAUUCCAGGAGGGUCAAAAGUUUACUCUGCAAGAUCAAUAAAAAUUAAGGAAGAAGGUGGUUUAAGGACUUACUAUUUCUAUGAAUUUGGUAAAGAUGAGCUUCACUUAGCAUUGAUGGCAGGCGCAAGAGGUGGAAAGGUUAUAAUUGCCUGUGCAACUGCACCACAGUACAAGUGGGACACUGAUGGUGUAAAACUUCGUUCUGCUGUUAUUUCAUUGACAAUUCUGUAG